GAGAAGGAAACGAAGGCCAGAGAAGCUGAGAUUUCCAGAGUUGUGGGCGGCUCGUACACAACAAACACGCGGGAUAGCAACCCAAACAAAUGCUGUCCAAGCCGCUAGCUCUAUCUUCUGCAUUAUGGGAUCCGUCUCAGAAGGGUGUUUUCCCGAGUAUAAUGGUAUUCAAGAGGCCUCAAGUCUCAGCUUUGAGGUCAUAUACCAGAGGGUUUAAGUCUGGGCAUGAGCGCCUUCAUAAAGGCCGGCCCAUAAUGUUGGGAAACCUCCUUUGUGCCAACCAGGGACCCAAAAAAGAUGUAACUACCAGGAAACAAGAAGCAUAUCCUCAAAAUGUGGAUCUUCCACCAAUGCUACCUAAGAAAAAGAAGAAACCCUAUCCCAUUCCCAUCAAGAAGCUCAAGCAGGCUGCAAGAGAAGACAAAAAACGUGCUGAAAUGAAUAUAGAGAAACCCCUCGAUCCUCCGAAAAAUGGUAUACUUGUUCCCGACCUGAUCCCUAUUGCUUAUGAAGUAUUAGAUGCCUGGAAAGUUUUGAUUAAAGGCGUUGCACAGCUCUUGCAUGUUAUUCCUGUGUAUGCUUGCAGCGAGUGUUCUGAAGUUCAUGUGGCCCAGACUGGUCACCACAUUCAAAACUGCCUCGGUCGCACCAGUUCAUCUCGUCGAAGCUUCCACUCGUGGGUCAAAGGCUCUAUUACUGAUGUGAUUGUCCCCAUUGAGUCAUAUCAUCUCUAUGACCCUUUUGGUCGGCGCAUUAAGCAUGAUACUCGAUUUGAAUAUGACAGGAUUCCAGCUGUUGUAGAGCUAUGCAUCCAAGCAGGUGUGGAAAUACCAGAGUACCCUUCACGCCGAAGAAUCAGACCCGUUCGAAUGAUUGGGAAGAAAGUGAUUGACCGAGGUGGGUUUGUUGUGGAGCCUAAGCCAUGGCGUUCUACAAAUUCAUCUUCUCUUGUUGAUCUCGAUACAUAUGGGGCAUAUGGACGGUUUCCACCUCCACCAUCGUCAGAUGUAGCAAGGAUUGCACAAGAGACAAUGGAUGCAUAUGAAAUUGUCAGAUGGGGUGUGGAGAAGUUGAUGAGGAAAUACACCGUGAAGGCAUGUGGGUAUUGUUCAGAGGUUCAUGUGGGUCCUUGGGGUCACAAUGUUAAGCUGUGCGGGGAGUUCAAGCACCAAUGGAGAGAUGGAAAGCAUGGUUGGCAGGAUGCGACAGUAGAUGAAGUUUUCCCUGCAAAUUAUGUUUGGCAUGCUCAAGACCCAAAGGGGCCUCCUUUGAGGGGUGCACUCAAGAGAUUUUAUGGCAAGGCUCCUGCUGUGGUCGAGGUGUGCAUGCAGGCAGGUGCACAAAUCCCUGUAAAAUACAAGCCCAUGAUGAGGCUUGACAUUGUAGUCCCUGAGAGUGAGGAGGCACGCUUAGUUGCCUAAUGCAGUCUGUUAAUGAUGGUAAUUUGGGAUGAUGAGUGUAAUCAGUCCAUGAAAAUGAUACCAUCUUUCCUAAGACUCGAAAGUAUAGUUAGGUAAUAGCAUGUCAGGAUGAUCAUCCCAUUUUAAUUCUUGACAGUCUCGUGCUGCUGUAUAUAAGCACACUCAAUCGAGUAACAAUUAUGUCGAAUAUUAAAAAGGAAAAUAUAGAGAGUAAAGAAUGUAAUGAGUGGAGGGGGAGAUUAUAGUGUCUAUAGAUUCGAUCUCCUGGUUAUUUUUC